CGCCGGCGGCGGCGGCGGGGGGGAGGCCGGAUCGCAUCAUGGCCUCGGGUGGCAGCGGCGGCGGCGGCAAGAUCCGAAUCCGGCGGCACCACCUGGGAGCCGGGAAGCCACCCUACACGAGGGGCAAGCAGCAGCUGGGACUCAUUAGCAGAGUGACUGAAUCAGUGAAAAACAUUGUACCAGGAUGGUUACAGAAGUAUUUCAAUAAAAGGGAAGAUAAAUGUGUAGAUACAAAUGAAUCUCCAAACCAGGAAGAGAAUCCAGUGAACUAUCACGAUGAUUAUGCAAAUGAAGAUGCUACGGUAAUUGAUGGGAGAGUCACGCCUGAAUCAGCAAGAAUUAAUUUGGAAGAACCAUCCACGAGUAGGUCUGCACUGAACUUCUCAGAUGUGUUAACAAGGCCCUCUCUCCAUCGGAGCCAUUUGAACUGUACUGUGUUGGAUCCCACAGUACCACACUGUCAGCCCUCUACAUCUUCCACACUUGGCAUUGGCAGUCCUGGACUGUCUCUGGUAAAAGAAAUAAAAGAUUCUACCUCUCAGCAUGAUGAUGAUAACAUCUCAACAACCAGUGGCUUCUCCUCUAGAGCAUCUGAUAAAGAUAUCACAGUUUCAAAAAAUACUUCAGCACCACUGCUCUGGUCCCCAGAGGCUGAAAGAUCUCAUUCCCUCUCACAGCAUCCUGCAUCUAGCUCUAAAAAACCUGCAUUCAAUUUAUCUGCUUUUGGAUCUCCCUCUCCUUCACUUGGAAACACUUCUGUCUUUAAGACAAGGCAACUUGGGGAUUCUCCAUUUUACCCUGGAAAGACCUCGUAUGGUGGUGCAGCUGCAGCAGCAAGGCAGACAAAAGUGCAGAUUUCUGCUUAUCAGCCACCGUUAAAAAGACAAAUGAAAGCUAAACAGGCAAAUGUGCAAUCCUACGGUGUGACAAGUUCCACAGCACGGCGCAUCUUGCAGACAUUGGAGAAGAUGUCAAGCCCUUUGGCGGAUGCUAAAAGGAUUCCAUCUUCUGUUUCUAGUCCAUUGUCUUCUCCUGUGGACAGGAGUGUGCUGAAUAUGACUAGCUUCCAAUCCAGACAAAACCAGUAUCCUUCUGGACAAGUUGUCCAAAUGUGGGAUGCGCGGGAGAAGAACUGGCUGAACAGCAGGAUGCAAAGGAUUGCUGUGAAUGGGGUUACAUCUGGCUGUUUGACCUACCCCAAACCCAAUACUCCUGCGUCCAAUGGUCUGUCUUCAGGAGGAAGAAUGGAUAGUGCCUGUGGCAAGAUGAGGAGGGAAAGAGAACGAUACUCGGCAUCAAAAUCUGGACAAAAACAACAGCCGGAGGUGGAGCAAGCAGCACUACCCGAAGUACCCCUACCUAUCAGUACUGCAUCACUGCCGACGUUCAACUUCAGUUUCCCUGCCAGUAGUGCCGUCUCAUCAUCACCAAGCACUGUUUCAAAAGCUGCGAUGAACAAGGUACAACCAGCAAGUAAUGUUGGCAGUCCCGUGUUUGUAUUUUCAUCUCCAAUUGUGAAGUCUACUGAGGUGGAAGUGCUACCUCCAUUGUCUAUUAAGUUUACAUUUAGUGUUCCUGUUGCAAAGUCAGCAGAGCUUUCUGGAUCCAUUGAUACGCCAGUGACAUCCUUAUUUAGUCCAGGUAGCACCACUGUAAACAGCACCAGCAAUAAGAAGGAAGAGGAAGAAGAAUACGAUGGCCUCUGCAAACCUGCUAAGUUCUUAAAGCAAGGAAGUGUGUUAGACAUCCUAAAAAGCCCUGGCUUUAUGUCUGGGAAAACACCCUCCUGUUCAUCUGCACAGCCUGUUACAAGCACAGUCGUCUAUACAAGGCCUGCAAUAAGUAGUUUUUCUGCAGGUAAAGACACCUCUAAACAAGCAUCCUCGUUUUGGCAGUCUGACACAUAUGACCCAUGUCUGCAGAACAAAACCACAGAUGGAAAAUGUGUAACAUGUGAAGCUGCUAAACUGUCAACUGUUGAGAGUACGAAACAGACGAUAAGUGUAAGUCACUGUGUCUCCUCUAAGACAACAGUCCCUACAGCAGGGACAUUGGGCUUUGAAGACAAGUUUAAACCAGCACCCAACACAUGGGAUUGUGAUACCUGUCUGGUCCAGAACAAACCUGAAGCUACAAAAUGUAUAGCAUGUGAGACACCAAAGCCUGGAACGGGAGUGAUGCCUGCUCUGACAAUGCCAAUGGUCACAGACAACUCGGUGACAGUGACAUCCUCCUCCAGCAGCGCCGGCACAACAGUCACUCUGGGAUUUGGAGACAAAUUUAAACAGCCAAAAGGCUCUUGGAACUGUUCAGUGUGCCUUGUAUCAAAUAAGGCAGAAGACACCAAAUGUGUAGCUUGUCAGUCCGACAAAGCAGGGAGUUCAGUGCCUGUGACUAGUGGCAGUGUUUCUGCUUUUUCUGCUUCUUCUGGAGGUUUUCUGGAUUUAGACAAAUUCAAGAGGCCUGAAGGAAGCUGGGAAUGUGAGGUCUGCUUGGUCCAAAACAAAGCAGAAGCCACAAAAUGCAUAGCCUGUGACAAUGCAAAGCCAGACACCAAAGCAGAGCUCAAAGGUUUUGAUACUGCUGCUGUGUCUACAAAUGCCGCAACGCCAUCAUUUACAUUCGGUGUCCCAUCGUCAUCCUCUGAAUCUUCUCAAACUUUGGGUAGCACAGGAAAUUUUAAAUUUGGAGAACAAAGUAGCUUUAAGUUUGGGAUUGCAUCUGAAUCUGCAUCGUCCAACACUGUGACUGGGGGAUUUAAGUUUCCUACUGGUUCAGGAAACUUCAAAUUUGGAGUUUCUUCCUCAGACUCUAAGUCAGAAGACAGUAAAAAAGAAAGUAAAAGUAACAAUUUUACCUUUGGACUUCCAUCUACAACCAGUCAGGCCCCUUCAACAUUUCAGUUCGGAACAACGAGCCUGGGGCAACAGGAAAGGAAAGAGGAACCAGUUUUGGGAGGUUUUGGUUUUGGCACAAGUUCUACUUCUUCCAUAGCUACCAGUGAGAAUAAGACCGGAGUCAGUGGCUUCACUUUUGGAACUGUGGCAGAAAAGGAGGUAGCAUCAUCUGCUUUGCCAUUUAAGAAGUCAGAUGAGAAAAAGGAUGAAACUGUUUCAACGAAGGGAGGCUUCUCUUUUGGCAGUGUGGAGUCUGCACCUGCCUCACAGUUUGUUUUGGGAAGGGCAGAAGAGAAACAGGACUCUGUCACUUCUGCUGGUCCAUUAGCAUUUGGAAAGAAAUCUGACAAUGAAGAGUUGAAGGCACAACCUAUCUUUUCAUCUGGGACAGCUGAGCAUACCAAAGAGGAGAGCACAGCAAAACCUGUAUUCAAUUUUAGUUUCGGUAAACCAUCGGAAAAGGAAAGUGAGCAGACAAAGCCACCUUUUGCAUUUGGGGCACAAACCAGUACUUGCGAACAAGGAGCAUCUUUCAGCUUCUUGAGCUCUAGUUCCUCCAGCACAGUUGUACCCACCACUUCAGCCAACAGCAGCGGCGUGUUUGGCAGCACCCUCUCUUCCUCAAAUCCUCAGCCAGUUCCCACUCCUUUUGUGUUUGGACAACCCAGCAACACUGUGACCAGCUCUGUUUUUGGCAAUCCUGCAGAAUCUACAACAUCUCAGUCAUUUGGCUUCUCUCAAGAAAACAAACCAGCAACCACAUCUUCCAGCACUGGCUCGACUCUUACUCCAUUUCUGUUUGGUUCGGGAGAGAGCAGCACCAAUGCAGCAAAUUCAGGCUUUACUUUUGGAGCCACAACUACAUCGAGUUCAACAGGGUCGUCAUCUUUGUUUCCGUUUGGCUCUGGGCCCCAAGCGCCUGCUGCUGGCCCACCAUUUGGCGCCAGUCAGCCACCAGCAUUUGGCCCGAGCCAAGGGUCCAGCCAGCCAAGCGCUCCAAGCUUUGGAUCGCUGUCGUCAACGUUGUUUUCAGCUGGCACUCAGCCUGCUCCUUCUGCCUUCGGCUCAGUGACAAGCAGUACUCAGCCCUCUGUGUUUGGACAGCAGGCAACCCAACAGCCAGGUUUUGGUUCUGGUACCCCCAGUGCUGGUUCUGUAUUCCAGUUUGGAAGUAAUACUGCUAAUUUCAGCUUUCCAAAUAGCCCAGGAGUAUUCACUUUUAGUGCAAAUCCUUCUGCACCAGCAGCUCCUGCACAGCCUUCUGGCACUUCAGGAUUUUCGUUCAGCCAGCCUGCAGCAUUUACAUUGGGGACUAAUGGGAAAAAUGUUUUCUCUGCCUCUGGACCUUCAGUUCCUGGUCGGAAGAUAAAGCAUGCAGUUAGACGUAGAAAGUAAACGCCUGAUUGGUAAAACAUCAAAAACAUUGGAAGCAGCUACUACUCUGAAUUGUUCAGCUUCUACCCUGACUGAAUUGUUCAGCUGCUACCCUGAAUUGUUCAGCUGCUAUCCUGAAUUGUUCAGUUAUUGGGAUUGUACCUCAUGCUGGCUUGUCGGAAGUCAGAUCUGCCUAAAGGAAUAUAAAACCUAGCUUUCCUGUCCUUCCCUUCCCUCUCCCUGUUACGUUUUUCGGUAGCAAGUAAAGUUGGCAACAAGGCUGUUCUCAAGCAAAAGUCUCAAGUUACUUCUUUCACUGACUUGGCAUGGUCUGGCUGUAGCCCUGAGUAGAGCCUGCACAGUGAAUGGCUUGUACAAUACCUCUUCAUCCGCACCACUACGUGCGCUCAUUCGCGUUUACUGACGCCUCGAAAUUGUAAUUAUAUCAGCGAGGGAUGCUGUAUAGAGUAGAGAAUGUUGAUAACGAAUGAUUUCUAUGCUGAGUUUGUGCUGGUGUAUGUGUGAAGUGAGUGAGUUUGGGUGUAUCGUGCACUAAAAUUUUCUGAUAGAGGAAGACUGAUUUAAGGAUGAUCCAUGCUAAGGACUUGUUAGAUCUGUAGUUCUUCAUUUAAUAAUUAUAUGCUAUUUCUAUAUUUUCAUUCUUACAGCCCUUUAUCACCUGUCUCGCCUUGUUAUUUUAUUAUGAAACAUGUGUAAAUACAAUUUUGUUUCUCUAUGUACUUUUUUGGCAUAACAAAUCUGUGAAAUUGAAAUUUUAAUUUUGUGUGUUACGGCCAUUUUUGUUUAGUAUUGUCUCAGAUUUUAUGUAAAUCUCAUUAUUCAAAGUUGCCUAAAUCCAUUUAGAAAAUCUUUAAAAUUGGGAAUUCUUAAAGUAAGUUUAUUGGCUUUUCUGAUCCAUUUUUGUUUGGACCAAAAACCAGUAUUGUACAAAGUAUUAAGUAUAUAUUUUUAUAUUUACUGAAAUGGACUGUGGUGACUUUGGAUAAUAAGGAAAAGUUUAAUAUUAAAGCCAUGUUUAUUACAGUAUAAUUAACAUGUUAAACCAUGGGAUAAAUGCCAUCAAUAAAAACUGCGAAAUAUGA